AUGAGUGAAUCGAUUGUAGACCCAUCCAAUCGCUAUUUGAGGUGUGAAGUCAGACAGAAAAUUAACCGCACAACUGUUUAUAAAUGCCUCGAUCAAGAGGAAAGCAGUCCUGCAGAUUGGUAUGAAAUUUCGAUUGAAAAUAUGCCACCUGAAUCUCUCUCAAGUCUCAAGGUUUUCAUGACAUCUUUCUCGCAAAUAAAACAUCCAAACCUUUUACAGAUUAGUAGAGCCUGGUUAGAUUCUGCAAGAAAAACUUUCGUAUACGUCACAGAAGUCUUCUCGCGAAAAACAUUAAGAAACUAUUUGACAGAACUAACAACGAGGCCGGCUACCUCUGUCAUUUCAAAAUGGUGUAUACAGAUCUUGAACGGAUUAAUGGCAUUACACAACGCAGUUCCGCCAAUUAUACAUAACGACUUGACUUGCAAUAACAUAUACAUUGAUGUUAAUACAGGCAUAAUCAAAAUCGGAAUUCCUUCUUUCGAAGCUGUAUUAUUUAAUUGGAUUUCGCCAGUUGCGCCUAUCGAAGUUCAGAAGGGACUUGCCGAGCCAAGGUCAGAUGUUUGGUCCCUCGGCCUUUGCGUUAUAGAAAUGGCAACUGGCGAACAACCUUAUUCAGAUAAACCAUCACCAAAGGAUUCAAUCUUGAAGGGAGAAUCGCCUUCCUCUGUUGGACAGGUUUCUGACCCUUCUGUAGCAGAUUUCAUUACUUGCUGUUUGUUGCCAGUUGAUAUGAGGCCUUCUACGCAGGCUUUAUUCGAAUAUACAUUGAUUUCAGAGAACUAUGAGCCCCCACCGGCUGAUCCAGAGCCAUCUGCUAUUCAACAGUUGCAGGCAAAGCAAAAAUCAGAAUAUGAUAAUUUGCUCGCCCGCCAAGAGAAAGAACGAAGGGAGCUUAUAGCCAAGAUUAAGGCUAGACUGAAAAAAACGGCAUCAUUACGUGACUUACUCAAAUAA